GGGGGGGGUGCUCUGUGCUGUGUCUCUACCCCCCGCAGAGAGGAGACUCUCAUUGUUCUAUUAGCAAUCUGCUCCCUCCGAGGACACAGACACGAUGGACUCUUCCCUACUGUAGCACUACUAGUCCCAGCAUGGAUAUAACCAUCUCCCAGCUGAUGGAGCAGUUCCUGGACAGCCCACUGGUGACCUGGGUGAAAACCUUCGGCCCGUGCGGCAACGAGAAUGAGAACCGACUGUCUAUGUACAUGGACCUUGUGGACGGGGUGUUCCUCAAUAAGAUCAUGCUUCAGAUAGACCCCCGGACGUCCAAUCAGCGCAUCAACAAACAUGUGAAUAACGAUGUGAACCUGCGCAUUCAGAACCUCGCGAUACUGGUGCGACACAUCAAGACCUACUAUCAGGAAGUUCUUCAGCAGCUGAUUGUAAUGAGUUUGCCCAACGUUCUGGUAAUCGGGAAAGACCCUCUCACUGGGAAAAGCAUGGAGGAACUGAGUAAGAUCCUGCUCCUGAUGCUGGGCUGUGCUGUGCAGUGUGAUAGGAAAGAGGAAUACAUCGAGAGGAUCAAACAGCUGGAUAUCGAGACUCAGGCGGGAAUUGUGUCUCACAUCCAGGAGGUGACCCAUAACCAGGAGAACGUCUUUGACCUGCAAUGGUUGGAGCUACCAGACAUGGCCCCAGAGGAGCUGGACUCUCUGUCCCGGAACAUGGCGCUCCAUCUAAAGAGACUGCUGGAUGAGAGGGACGACAGCAAGGAGGUCAUAGUGGAACUGACGCAGGAAAGGGACUAUCUCCAGUCCCUAAACCCGCCCAGUCCAGUCAAGUCUUCCAGUCCAGACCCGUCGUCCAACGUGGCCAACCACCAUUCCACCGACGACAAGCAGCACCUUGCAGUGGAACUUGCAGACAGUAAAGCAAAACUACGAAGGAUCCGGCAAGAGCUGGAAGAGAAAUCGGAGGCGUUGCUGGACGCGAGGCAUGAGCUGGAGCGGCUGGGGCUGGACCUGCAGAGGAUGAAGCAGGAGAACAUCCAGCUGGCGGCGGAGGCCCGCACUGCGCGCACUUACAGGGACGAGCUGGACGCGCUGAAGGAAAGAGCCGGCAAAGUGGACCGGCUGGAGAACGAACUGGCCCGGUGUAAGGAGAAGCUGCACGAUGUGGACUUCUACAAAGCCCGAAUGGACGAGCUAAGAGAAGACAAUCUGAUUCUCAUCGAGACCAAGACCAUGCUGGAGGAACAACUGUCCUCAGCCAGGGCCCGGACGGAUAAACUGCAUGAUCUGGAGAAGGAAAAUCUGCAGCUGAAAUCAAAGAUCCACGACUUGGAGCUGGACCGCUACUCGGACAGGAACCGGAUUGAGGAGUUGUUGGAGGAGAACAUGGUGCUGGAGCUCGCUCAUAAGCAGAGUUUGAACGAGUCUGCGCAUCUGGGCUGGGAGCUGGACCAGGUGUCCAGGAGCACUGACCUGUCUGACGCCAGGAAAUCGUUUGUGUUUGAGCUGAACGAGUCGGCGUCCAGCCGCAUCCUGAAGCUGGAAAAGGACAACCAGAGUCUCCAGCAGGUGAUUCAGGAGCUGCGAGAGUCCUCGCUCAUCCUGGAGGAGAGCAGCGCCAAAGGCCAGGAGCUGGAGAAGGAGAAUCAGCAGCUGAACAAGAGGAUUGAAAGCCUACAGCUGCAGAUUGAGAAGGAGAAGCAGAGCAGCUCCGACCUGGAGAGUCUCGGAGAAGAUCUGCUGAAGGAGAAGGAACAUCUCUCUCGCCUUCUGGAGAGCGUUAAAUCUGAAAAGGACAGGCAGGUGAAAGAGCUGGAACAGGAAAAUAAGCACCUCUCUCAGGCAAUGUCUGCUCUUCGGCAGAGGGCGCAGGACAGUACAGACUCCAGAGUGCAGCAUGUGGAAAUGGAGAAUAAGAUGCUUCAUGAGACUAUAACGGACACCAGCAGCAAGCUGAGUGUGGUGGAGCACGAGAAGCGGCAGCUCCAGAAGGCUUUUGAGCAGGUGAAAGACAAGGCGGAGUGCGCGGAGGAGAUGGAGAAGGAGGUCCACCGGUUGGAGAAGCAAAACGAAUUGUUGGCCAAGAAAGUGUCCUCUUCCAGGAUCAUUGAAGAGAAGGUGGAGGCUCUGGAGAAAGAACACGUCAAGUUAGAAGGUGAAAACAGAAUACUAAAGAAGUCUCUGGACACACUGCAAAAUGUCUCCAUCCGGCUGCAGGUGCUGGAGGGAGAGAACAAGCAGCUUGACGAGGAGAACCUGGAGCUCAGGAGGGCGGUAGAAGCCAUGAGGUUUUCAUGCACUAAAAUCACACAGAUCGAGAGAGAGAACAAUGAACUACUGAAGGAGAAGGAGGAACUGCAGAAGAACGUGGAGGUGCUCAAAGCUCUGGGGAAGAAGUCUGAGCGCAUGGAAGUCAGCUACCAAGGCUUGAGUGAGGAAAACUGGAGGCUUCAGCAGAUGAUUGAGGCUGGGAAUAGCAAAGUCAGUGAGCUGGAAUCAGAGCUUAGGGAAACCGAGAAGGAGAAUAAGGAACUGCACAAGAACUUGGAGGAGCUGAAGAUUUCCAAUAAGAGGCUGGAGAGGUUGGAGCAGGAAAAGAAGGCAAUGGAGCAGGAUGUAACGCAGCUGGAGAAGGAUAAGAAAAUGCUAGAGAAAGAGUCUAAGAGACUGUGGCAGCAGGUGGAGCUGAAAGAUGCCAUCAUGGACGACAACACUGUGAAACUGGCCGAUCUGGAGAAAGAGAACAGGACACUAGAGAAGGAGGUCUCCAAGCUCAGAGAGUCAUCGACUAGGACACGGGAGCUGGAGAAGGAGAGCAAAGAGCUUGUGCAGCAGCUGACUGUAGAUAAGAGGACACUAGCGACACUAAGAGAGGAUCUGGUCCUGGAGAAGCUAAAGACGCAACAGAUGGCGAGCGAGCUGGACAAGCUGAGUCUGGAGCUGGAGAAGAUCGGCCUGAAUAAAGAGCUAAUGCUGCAAGAUGAAAACCGCAAUGCUGAGAAGAAGUACAAGGUUCUGGAGGGGAAGAUUGAAUCAACACUAAAGACCACGUUGGCGGUUAAGGAAAGUAAAAUCCUGGCGCUGGAGAGUCAGGUGACUGAGGUCCGGAGUCUCAACCAGCAGCUGCAGAAUGAGCUGAAUGCGGUGAGACAAGACGCCGGCAAGCAGCAGACACCUCAGAAUUCCCAGGGGAGGCGCACCUUUCAUAUCCGCAGCACGGAGACCCAGGCUAAUGGGCAGGAGACCACCAGGGAAAUGCUGAGGGUGAAGGACCGAGCCAUCGAGCUAGAGAGGGAUAAUGCAGCAUUACAAGCGGAGAAGACGCUGAUGAAGGACCAGCUGAGGCACCUGGAGACGCAGAACAUUGCAUUCAGUAGUCAGAUGGGGACACUACAGAAACAGAUCAAUUUCCUGCAGGAACACAACACUGCGCUGCAGACACAGACUGCGAAUCUGCAGGUGGAGAAGUCGGCAGCGGCCGCCCAAUGCGCUUCCCUGAAGAGCCAGAUCUCGCAGCUGCAGAACCAUAUCACCUCUGCAGAGAGCGAGAAGGAGAAAGCAGGACGCCAAAGGGAGGAAGCGAUGGAAAGCCACGACUCCCUGCUCCGGGACCACGAUCACCUGGUGUCCCUGUAUGAGCGCCAGUCCGCGGAGUAUGAGGGACUGAUCAGCCAGCAUAGCGCCCUGAAAUCCCAGCACAAGGGCCUGGAGCAGGCGCACCGCAGUCUGGAGGAGAGCUACAACAACUUGAUGCGCUACAGGGCGGAGCUGGAGGAACGAGACAAGGUAAUAACGAACGAGCGUGAGGUCCUACAGCAGGAAAAUAGGAAAAAUGCCAUCGCCACAAGUGAGAACGAGAGACUUCAAAGUGAGCUGGAGAGGUUGAAGUUCCUGCACGGCGAGCUAGAAGGAGAGUACAACGCUCUACACAAACACACCAAGGAGAUGAAGGGUUCGCUAAACUCGGCACAGAUGGAGCUAAACCGCUGGCAGGCGCGCUUCGAUGAGCUGAAGGACCAGCAUCAGACGAUGGACAUAUCUCUCACCAAGCUGGACAACCACUGUGAGCUUCUGACGCGGCUGAAGAGUAACCUGGAGGAGGAGAACCACCACCUGCUCAGCCAGAUACAGAUGAUGAGUCGGCAGAACCAGAUGUUGCUGGAGCAGAGCAUGGAGAGCAAGGAGCAUUACCACGAGGAGCAGAAACAGUACAUAGAUAAAUUACAUGAUUUAAGAAGACAAAAGGAGAAAUUAGAGGAAAAGAUAAUGGACCAAUAUAAGUUUUAUGACCCUGCUCCAAAAAAAAAGAAUCACUGGUCCGGUGCUAGAGCUCUCGCUAAACUCAUCAAACCGAGGAAAGACGGAUCCAGGGAGAGACCAAAGUCAUCCGGGGAUGUGAUCAUCCCGGUCGCUGACCACCUGGACUGCACUGCGUCCCCUUCCUGCUCCCGACCCCUCAGAGUACAACAUGAAAGUGCAGAUAACGGCUCUCUAGGGUCUGACGAGAAGGACGCGUCUAAAGUGUUCACGAGUAAAGUCCUGGUUGACGUUGGCCACAAGCAGCACAGGAUGUCUUAUCACGGAGGAAGCAGCGAGGAGAUGGAAGGCUUGGAGCAUAACGCUUGCUCGCGGAAGAUGGAACCAGGAUCUAGAGCCUACUCCACCUCUGCCAUCCACCUGACCCCAGUAUCAAGCCUGAGGUCUCAGCAGCCAAACAGACCCAAAGGUUACAAUUCUGAUGAUAAUCUCUAUGAUCCGCCACAGGACAGUAAAGCCAGCCCGGGAGGACUCCGCGGCCCUCGACCAAAUAGUCUGGAGAGCAGCCGGAGCGCGUCAAACAGCAGCUCGCCCCUUACCCUGAAAGGAUCCUCGAGCGUCCCUCCAGCCAGAACAGAGAGCGUCAGCAACGAGGAUUUGGUUCCCACCAAAGACGUUACCACUCUGCCUAGAGAUGGCUACACGGGCCGUGCCAACUCCGCCAUGCUGGUUACUGGCAAUAAACCGGAGCCGGCAUCUAACAGGAACAGUCUGAUAUCCCCCAACAUCCCUGAACACAGACCACAGAGCCGCGCUCGGGCCAGCCGGCGGUCAGGCUCUCCGGGCAGCGAGAUGGUGACGUUGGAGGAGUUUCUGGAGGAAAGUAGUCAGCUGUCUCCAUCCGCAGAAGCAUCAGGCAGCCGGGACGACGUGCUAGGUGAUUAUUUUAAGAAGACCUCCGACCCUCCUGACUUUGGAAGCCCAUUGGUCCAGCCCAGUUACAGAGACUGCCUAGCCAUGCCAACAAGCUACGUGAGCCCGUCAGUCGCAGGCGAUGCAGCGGGUGGCAGGGCGGGUAAGCCAGGCCAGUGUGUUAAGCCCAGCCUGCGACAGCUGGAGCCUGCCGCAGGUAACCCAUCUACUUCACUUAGACGACCACAAGUGCAGCCAUCGGUCCCGGCGUCCAAACAAACCCCUGAGCCCCAGCAGCCGGGGUCCGUGUGCAGCAGGGCGAACUCCCUCAGCAGGUCUUUUAGCUUGGCCACCGCCGACCUCCUGAAGGCCAAUGGUCCAGAUAUGAGCAAGGUGGAGAAGCCAGACAUAGAGACUCCUGUGCUGAGAACAUCGACACCAGCCGGCUCCCCAAGGGACAGACCCCAAUCAGCGAGAAUGCCCACCCCACAGAGAGGUGAGGAUCUGCGCUGCCAAUCUCUAGAUUCACGCCGCCUGUCUUUGGCCAUCCCCAAAGACGAUAGGACACUACAAGCAGCCCUGUCAUCUAGCAGCCUGCAGCAGCCAUAUAUAUCUCCCCACCCUGCCGGCAGGGCUAAACCCAGGCCCGUCUCUCGCUUUGGAGAAGUGGCCAUGAUCUCACCAGUCAGACAGAUACCCAUCAUCCCAGAAGUGGAAGGUCAGACGGCUGCUGUAACGUCUAAGCUGCGGAGCCCCCCUUCCGAUUGCCUGCCUCAGCCAAACGCCGAAGACGACCCCAACAAAGAAUUGUCUCCCAAAAGUACCCCUGCGUCCCCAGAUCCCAAUGCAGACCCACAGACUGUCUGGUACGAGUACGGCUGCGUGUGAUCAGCAGAAUACAUGGCGGACAAGCUUCCUGUCUGAUCUUAUUACAGAAAUUACAUCUUUAGCACUCUCCUGAAAUGGAAUCUUCAGCACAAAUUAUUUACGUGUUUCAUUUAAUCAGAUUCAAGUUUUCAUAAGGUGCCCGUGUAUCUACUAUCUGCAUUAUCACCUGCACCAGGAACAGAGUUACUGGAACCGCCGGUGCCUCCACAGAGACGACCAUGCAAUGAGUUUGUGUCUCCUUUAGUACUGAGGUUACCGCAGGCUGCACCAUCCAUCUGCACAACUGCUACUGAGAAGCUGCACCAGGAACAGAGUUACUGGAACCGCCGGUGCCUCCACAGGAACGGCCAUGCGAUGUGUUUGUGUUUUCCUUUAGUACUGAGGUUACAGCAGGCUGCACCAUGCAUCUGCACAACUGCUACUGAGAAGCUGCACCAGGAACAGAGUUACUGGAACCGCCGGUGCCUCCACAGGAACGGCCAUGCGAUGUGUUUGUGUUUUCCUUUAGUACUGAGGUUACAGCAGGCUGCACCAUGCAUCUGCACAACUGCUACUGAGAACCUGCACCAGGAACAGAGUUACUGGAACCGCCGGUGCCUCCACAGGAACGGCCAUGCGAUGUGUUUGUGUUUUCCUUUAGUACUGAGGUUACAGCAGGCUGCACCAUGCAUCUGCACAACUGCUACUGAGAAGCAGAGCAGCAGAGCAUGUUCUGUCCAGGCUUGCACAGGCAGGGGUAGAAUAAUGGGUUAAUGGUCUUCGUGUAAUAUGCUUAAUGCCAAAAAUGUCUUUUGUACAGUAAAUCUGUGCUUGCUGCUGAUCUCUGCCUGGUGCUUAAACUCUUGCUGCCCCCAUUGCAGGAAGACUCAUCACUAACACUGCACAGGUCCGUCAGCUUCUGCAUUAAUGUAAUGCACUGUAACACUAUUACUGUAUGCAGCAGCUGCCUACGCCAGUUACGUACUGUAUAUAUGUGUUACAGCCAUGUUACUGGAUGCAGCAGCUGCCUACGCCAGUUACGUACUGUAUAUAUGUGUUACAGCUAUGUUACUGGAUGCAGCAGCUGCCUACGCCAGUUACGUACUGUAUAUAUGUGUUACAGCUAUGUUACUGGAUGCAGCAGCUGCCUACGCCAGUUACGUACUGUAUAUAUGUGUUACAGCUAUGUUACUGGAUGCAGCAGCUGCCUACGCCAGUUACGUACUGUAUAUAUGUGUUACAGCUAUGUUACUGUAUGCAGGAGCUGCCUAUGCCAGUAACGUACUGUAUAUAUGUGUUACAGCUAUGUAACUGUAUGCAGGAGCUGCCUAUGCCAGUUACGUACUGUAUAUAUGUGUUACAGCUAUGUUACUGUAUGCAGGAGCUGCCUAUUCCAGUAACGUACUGUAUAUAUGUGUUACAGCUAUGUUACUGGAUGCAGGAGCUGCCUACGCCAGUUACGUACUGUAUAUAUGUGUUACAGCUAUGUUACUGGAUGCAGCAGCUGCCUACGCCAGUUACGUACUGUAUAUAUGUGUUACAGCUAUGUUACUGGAUGCAGCAGCUGCCUACGCCAGUUACGUACUGUAUAUAUGUGUUACAGCUAUGUUACUGGAUGCAGCAGCUGCCUACGCCAGUUACGUACUGUAUAUAUGUGUUACAGCUAUGUUACUGUAUGCAGGAGCUGCCUACACCAGUUACGUACUGUAUAUAUGUGUUACAGCUAUGUUACUGUAUGCAGGAGCUGCCUAUGCCAGUAACGUACUGUAUAUAUGUGUUACAGCUAUGUUACUGGAUGCAGGAGCUGCCUACGCCAGUUACGUACUGUAUAUAUGUGUUAGUUAUGUUACUGUAUGCAGCAGCUGACUAUGGAGGUAAUUCAGACCUGAUUUUUGCAGUCCUGCGAUCAGAUAGUCGCCGCCUACAGAGGGAGUGUAUUUUUGCUGUGCAAGUGUGCGAACGCAUGUGUAGCAGAGCUGCGUAAACUGAUUUUGUGCAGUCUCUGCGCAGCCCAGGACUUACUCAGCCGCUGCGAUCACAUCAGCCUGUUCAGGGCUGGAUUUGAUGUCAGACAACCUCCCUUCCAGCGAUUGGACACACCUGCGUUUUUCCAGACACUCCCAGAAAACGAUCAGUUGCCACCCACAAACUCCUUCUUCCUGUCAAUCUCCUUACGAUCACCAGUGCGAAUGGAUCCUUCGCAUAAACCAGUCGCUGACCGGCGAUCCGCUUUACAGCCGUGCGACGCGCCUCCUUAUUGCGGUGCAUAUGCAAGCACAGUUUGGGUCUGAUCGCCCGCUGUGUAAAAACGCAGCCUAUCGAUCAGGUCUGAAUCGGCCCCUAUGCCAGUUACGUACUUUAUAUACGAGCAUUACAGUUAUGGUGCCUCCAACUUCAUUCCAAAAACAGCCACACUUUCUUUGCCUCUGAACCCCAGACACCCUUACACCCCUGGUUCUGUCUCUGGCCCCCUAUGUUCAUCCUCCACUAAUCAUCUCCACGCGUCUAAUCUCUGUGCACUUCUUGCUGCAGAGGGGAAGAGAAACACGGAGCAUGAUAUAUGAGAACACUGAGAUAUGAAGAUUAAUAAUACAGCUACAGAAUGAUGUUGCACAUAGAUUAUUGUAAAAGAAAAAUUAAUAUUCUAUUGUUUAAUUUAUUGAACUGCUUGACUACUGAAUAUUUGCGAUUUAUAGCACAUUGCCGGUGACUGCAAGAUUUAUUUUAUAAUUUUUUUUUUUUAUGGAUUUGCAGACAGUGGCGACAUUUUCACAAGACGGUCACCACAAAGGCUAGUCUCUGCAGUAGGAGUCAUUGCAGGCCUGUCCAUCAAUCCUUAUAGUAAGGCGACAGGCUGCACGGUAACUCUUGCUGUGACUUGUGUUGUGCAGAAGGGUUAUGCCUACAAGAGACCUAUAGGAAGAUAGAUGGUCUGGUACUUAAAGUGUGCUGCCGCCUUCGCUGGUGAGGAGGUUGGAGCUCGUGGUUCUAUAGGAAAUACGAUAAUUUGCUCUUGUGGAUUAAACAUUUAGAUAAGGUAAGGAUCAGUAAGAUCCUGGUGUACCCAAUCCAUUUAUCAUUCAAUGAAUGCAUUUACACUAAUACAGCGUGGCCUCUUCUCCGUACAGAUUGUGUAUAUUGUAACGCAGGUGGUUAGAUACCCUGCGGUAGAGGGCUCCUGUUAUCUGACACGGGCAAAUAUGAUGUCUCUAACAUACAAGGUUUUAUAUUCCUAAGUGGUAACCUUAGUAAAGUGCAGUCGCUGCUCUCUCAGUUAUGGCCUCACUAUCCUCUGUUACAGGGCCUGGUAGCCAUGGGCUGGGUAAUGCCACCAGCUGGCUGGUUCUCAGUGUGAAAUGCCCACAGGGGACAGACGUGGCUGGAUGGUACUCUCUCUGCUCCGUACCUUGCUGUUUAUGACAUUCGCUUUGCAAGGCGAGAGACGUUAAUCUCCUCCUGAACGGUGACCAGAGAAAUCUGAAAUCUUAUAAGGGUUGCCAUCACUGUGGGAGCAGCGGCUGUCUGGGCUGAAGCAGCAUUUGUCAGAAUGCCGCCAGUCACCCUGCUGCGUCCGAUGUGUAAUACUACUGACACUGCAGCCCUCCGGCCAGUCGGGGCAAGCCCGCAGCCGGAGGAGACAGGAACGCUCAAUAGUCUUGUGCAACUGGAUUUGUACAUAGGAUGUAAAUGAUUGCAUUGUACAGCAUUGCUUUGUAAAUAGUGGUUGUAAUGAAAUUAAUUUGCAGACAAUACCUGCUCACUGACCCAGCCCAGGGCGGGUUGGGCUCAUACGGUGCUACCCCCACUGGUAGGGUUAUCUGGCACAUACAGGGCACUGUGUUUCAUCGUGCCGGCCAUGGAUGUUCACUUGCAGCGUUUAUUCCUGGUAUAUUCGGUCAGCCAGCUCGUCGUCCUAUAUGUGACAUGUCAGAUCUAUAUACUGUAACCCUGGUCUGCACUGUACCUACUGUAUAUGAAAUAAAGGUGUUUUCCUCUGCU